AUGGCUACGGAAUAUAGUAUAGAUGUGGAAGCUACGAUUCAGUUUACAGACCCGAACGACCUUGCCAAAACUCUACGUAUAUUCUUUAAUAAUGCCACAGAUCGCGACUCUCUUAGUGAUCAUACCGUUCUUAUCACAGGAUUCCCAAUCGAGAGCUUUACUAUCGACGAUGACGAACCAUCCCCUAUCCCUCAAACCCGCAAAGCGUUAUAUCUCGAAGAUUCGAGCAUCCUUGUGCUCACGAUGCCAGGGCGCCCUCAUGAAGCGGUUGCCAGACUGUUUAGUGGGCAGCUAGAUAUUAAACUCGCCAAUAUGAACUGCCAAGACGAUAUUAUUCCGGGCGGAGGAGUAACCACGUCAAUAGGCCAAAUUCAAAAAGAACCAGAUAGUUCUUGGGGGCCUUUAGGGGCUGACUAUCUUACCUGCGUGUUGGAAUCAGGCGUCUCAGAGAGUCGCCGGGCUCUUGCCCGAGAUGCAAAGAUAUGGUUAGAACACUAUGAUUCGCAUACAACACAGGUUGUUACAGUGUGGAUUUGCCGUAGACGACCAGAUAUUGUUUUUACGGUCUGGAAGAGAGCACAAGAUCAUCCGCCGCGCGCGGUAGUCGAUCAAGAAGUACAUAUUAAACUCGAGGAGGGGCGACCAAUGGCCGACGGACAGCUCCGCCUUUCUUUUGAGAAGUUUUUUGAACGACGACCACGGCCAGGAACAGCAGAGGGUGAUUUUGUCUUCUCGGCACGCGAGCUCGGUAGGGUCGCCAGGAUGGUGUGGAUUCAAAUGGGAUUUACAGUGCAGUAA